AUGACUUCAUCACGAUCACCGACUUCUCCACCUUUACGAUCAAAUUCCAGAACUCCAAGUCUGCGAAGUCAAAAUGUUUCGCAAUUCACACCGACACAUCCUAGCGGAUUGAGGGAAUCUUUCACCCUUGCGACGAGUCCGGAGGCGACUAGGCAUGUUGAAGAAGAUGGAUCAAAUAAUAGGAAUGAUGAGAACUCGAGGAACGAUACUGAACAGCCAUUACCGCAUGCUCAUCCUACUCGCGCCGAUACAUCCGCAAGCACAGAUGAUGGACUAGACGGCCAUACGCAUGAACACACUGGGUUUGGAGGAAAGCUCUCCGAUGAGACCACCGCCUUACUGAGGAAGCCUUUUGAAUCGAUUGGCAAUGCGGCACAUCCUGGUCCUUGCAAUCAUGGAACGUUCAGUCCGAGGCUGGGGAGUCGUGCGGACAGUGUAAGGAGUUUUGGAGGUUCUGCGCCAGUAUCUCCCAAUGGCAACGGAGAGGCUAGCGACGGGAUCAUUGGAGGGUUACUUAAAGGUUUAGGAGUGAGGAAUGGUCCAAUGGCAAAACCAAAGAGGAUGAGCACUACAAGUUGGCUCGCAGAACAACAUGGAAUUACCAACACUACUGGAAUGUACAUAAACUACUACAUACCAUUUUUCACAUGGAUUCGACAAUAUAGAUGGGUACAUCUUCGGGGCGACCUAAUAGCUGCUAUCACAAUGGCUUCCUUCUACCUACCGAUGGCACUUUCUUAUGCAUCUAAUCUCGCACACGUUCCUCCAAUUAACGGUCUUUACUCAUUUGUUUUCAAUCCACUUAUAUAUGCAAUAUUGGGAAGCUGCCCACAAAUGGUUGUUGGUCCUGAAGCCGCAGGAAGUCUGUUAGUUGGCACGGUUGUAAAAUCUACUGUCGAUCUCGGUAAUGGGGGUGAAGACGACGAUUUAAUGCACGCGAGAGUUGCCGGUAUUGUUACUGGUAUGGCAGGAGCAGUAAUCUUCAUUGCUGGCUUAACUCGCCUAGGAUUUCUAGACAGUGUGUUGAGCAGACCAUUUUUAAGAGGUUUUAUUUCUGCGAUCGGUUUUGUUAUUAUGGUCGAUCAAUUAAUACCAGAGAUGGGAUUAGCAGCACUGGCAGACGAAAUGGGAGGUGUCGCUCAUGGCAGCAGUGUCGACAAAUUGGGCUUUUUGAUCCGUCAUGCAAGCAAAGCGCAUAAGCUUACCUGUAUUGUUGCUGGUGUCAGUUUUAUUAUAAUUAUGAUCUUCAGAGAGAUGAAAAAGCGCCUUCAGCCUCGAUAUCCAAGUGUUGCAUAUAUACCCGAUAGAUUUUUGGUUGUAGUUAUUUCGGCUAUUCUAGCCUGGCAAUAUAAUUGGGAAGACCUCGGAGUCCAGAUCCUGGGCGAGGUAAAAUCGACUGGCGGAGCGCCAUUUACCUUCAGAUGGCCAUUCCAAAUUUCCCAUAUGAAGCAUGUCCGAGAAUCUAUGGGGACGUCUUUCUUGAUCGCACUUCUCGGCUUUUUCGAGUCGUCCGUAGCGGCGAAAAGUCUUGCUGGGGCAGAGGGGAAAGACUUGAUACAAGGAGUACAGCUCAGUCCAAAUCGAGAGUUGGUAGCUCUUGGAGUUGCAAAUCUAGUUGGUGGCUGCUUUCAAGCAGUUCCUGCAUUUGGUGGGUAUGGUCGAAGCAAAGUUAAUGCUAGUACUGGUGGAAAAACUCCCAUGAGUAGCAUUUUCCUAAGUUUAUUAACCGUUCUCUGUAUUUUGUUCCUCUUGCCUGCGUUUUAUUAUCUUCCGAAGGCUGUUCUUUCCUCAAUGAUUACGGUGGUAGCCUAUUCUUUGAUUGAAGAAGCUCCUCACGAUAUAGCAUUUUUCAUUCGAAUUCGUGGAUAUACUGAACUGGGUCUUAUGCUUAUUAUCUUUGCUUCGACUAUUUUUUACUCACUAACCCUUGGUAUCGCUAUCGGAGUCGGUCUCUCUCUUCUCUCCGUUAUCAAACACUCCACUCGUCCUCGUAUCCAAAUUCUAGGCCGCAUUCCUGGUACCAAUCGUUUCGAAAACGCGGAAGACAAUCCAGAGAAACUGGAAUUCAUCGAGGGAUGUCUCAUUGUUAAAAUUCCCGAGCCACUUACCUUCGCCAACACUGGUGAUCUCAAAAAUCGACUCAGACGAUUAGAAUUAUACGGCACAAACAAUGCACAUCCUGCACUACCUCGCGUACGGUCUCCUGAACACAAUAAAAACAUCAUUUUUGAUAUUCAUGGCGUCACAGGACUUGAUGGUUCAGGUACACAGGUUUUAGAGGAAAUCGUAAGAGGAUAUAGAAAUAGAGGUGUUAGAGUCUUCUUUUCCCGUGGUCCUCAAGAAGGAACUCACAUUUGGAGAUUAUUGGAACGAAGUGGGAUUUUGGAAACUUGUGGCGGCAGAGAACAUUUCGUCAAAGAUGUGGAAGAGGCGUUGAGAUUGACAGAAACUGAGGUCGAUCCAGAUGCUACUAAUUUACCCCAUGAUAUUACGGGUACAUGA